ACAUAAACAGCGACACUAAACUUACACCAAAACUACACCACUCACAUUCACGAUCCUUUUAUAGAGCUGAUAUUGUUUUAUAGUGGUCAUAAGUCCUCACAGUGUGACGGUCUGUUCUGCUGUGGGUGAAACGGGUCUCCCCGCAGAGCGGAGAGUUCGGGAGUCCGUCCAGCGCCAAAUCUGAAACAUGUCCGAGCGGAGAGAGCGGCGGGUCUGAGAACAGCGCUGAUAACAGAGUCCUGUACGGAUCUGUCUCUUCAUUUUAAUAGAGAAGCACAAACAAUGAUUUGCUAACAGGAGAACACAAGACACAACACUGUUCACCAAGUGAUUGAGGGGUGAAGGUGAUGAAGGUACAAUAUGUUGUUGAGUCCGGAACAAGUGACACUCAUAAGCCUGGUCUUUGAGACCUAUGUGGCAGAGCACCAUAAGAGUGACAUCCUGCAGAUCCUCCAGGAGCCUGAUGAAGAUGCUCAUUAUCCACUGGUGGUGAACGCUAUGUCCUUGUUUGAAGCCAACAUGGAGGUGGGCGAGUACUUCAAUGCUCUCCCCAGUGAGGUGCUGCCUGUUUUUGACAGUGCUCUUCACAAAGCAGCUACGUCCAUCUCUCAGACAGAGUCACUGCACAGAGGCCUGAAACCCAAAUGCAACAUGCAUGUACGCAUCUCAGGUUUGCCCGUGUGUCCGGAGCUAAGUAGAGACCACAUUCCUAAAGCCCGGGAUGUGGGCCACUUCCUGUCGGUCACCGGCACGGUCAUCCGCACCAGCGUAACUAAAGUACUGGAGUACGAGAGGGACUACAUGUGCAAUAAGUGCAGACACGUGUUCUCCGUGCAGGCUGACUUUGAGCAGUUCUACAGCUUCUCCCCUCCGUCUCACUGCCCCAGCGAGGACGAGUGCAACUCCUUCAAAUUCACCUGCCUGGCAGACAGUGACGCUGCACCAGCUGCCUGCAAAGACUAUCAGGAGAUCAAAAUACAAGAACAGGUGCAGAGACUGUCUGUGGGCAGUAUUCCUCGUUCAAUGUUGGUCAUUUUAGAAGAUGAUCUGGUGGACAGGUGCAAAUCAGGAGAUGAUAUCACAGUCUAUGGUGUUUUGUGGCAGCGCUGGAAGCCUCUGUAUCAGGACUCACGCUGUGAUGUGGAGAUUGUGCUGAAGGCCAACUACAUUGAAAUUAAUAAUGAUCAGUCUACAGCAGCAGUGGCAUUAGAGGACUUUCAAAAGGAAUUUGAGGAAUUCUGGGAAAAUCAUAAACAAGACCCUAUAGCUGGCAGGAAUCAGAUUCUGAUGAGUCUCUGCCCGCAAGUAUUUGGGAUGUAUGUUGUGAAGUUGGCCGUUGGAAUGGUUUUGGCAGGUGGAGUUCAGCGAGUCGAUGCUUCAGGAACAAAGGCGAGUCUCACCUCCUCCUGGUGGGAGACCCGGGCACAGGAAAGUCUCAGUUUCUGAAAUACGCAGCCAAAAUCACCCCACGCUCAGUCCUCACUGCUGGCAUUGGCUCCACAAAUGCAGGUUUGACUGUAGCUGCUGUGAAGGACUCUGGAGAGUGGCAUCUGGAGGCAGGAGCACUGGUUCUCUCUGACGGUGGACUGUGCUGCAUUGACGAGUUUAACAGCAUUAAAGAGCAUGACCGGACCAGUAUACACGAGGCCAUGGAGCAGCAGAGCAUUAGUGUGGCCAAGGCUGGAAUGGUGUGUAAACUGGACACAAGGACCACCAUUUUGGCAGCCACUAACCCAAAGGGCCCGUACGACCCCAAUGUGUCCGUCUCUGUGAAUGUAGCUGUGGCUAGCCCCCUUCUCAGCCGCUUUGACCUAGUUUUGGUCCUGCUAGACACCAAGAAUCCAGAGUGGGACAAGAUCAUUUCUUCCUUCAUCCUUCAGAACAAAGGUGCUCCCAGUCAGUCUUCAUCAUUAUGGAGUAUGGAGAAGAUGAGGGCCUAUUUCUGUGUGAUAAAGAGGCUGCGACCAAACAUCACUCAGGAGGCUAACUCUAUCCUGGCCCGCUACUACCAGCUGCAGAGACAGAACGACAGCCGCAGCGCAGCGCGCACCACUAUACGCAUGCUGGAGAGCCUCGGCCGUCUCGCAGAGGCUCAUGCCAGGCUGAUGUUCAGGGAAAUAGUCACAGUGGAAGAUGCUGUUGUGGCGGUGUCUGUUAUGGAGUGUUCUAUGCAGGGGGGUGCACUACUUGGCAAUGUGAAUACACUGCACACCUCCUUCCCUGACAACCCAAGAGAGCAGUAUAGAACACAGUGUCAGGUUGUGCUGGAGGGCCUGGGUUUGACCCACAUCCUCGACAAAGAGCUUCAGCGGCUCUCCAGUGCACAUGACUCUGGGUCUGGAGUGGAGCAACAGAGUGACACACAUGUGCACAGCAUGGACAGUGAGCUGACCCCUGUAUCUGACCCAGGCCUCGACUGGUUCCAUGGUUUAUCCAGCCCAAAUACGUCAAACAGCACUUUCCCCCCAGUGUCUCCAGUCACUACAGCCGCACAGAACCCUGCCAAACCACAGAGCCCUACCGAGUUGCCUAGCAACAGCAGCUCGGCACAUGGCGAGCGUUCUGCGUGGGAGAAGGAGGCUGGUGGGGCCGUGGAGGCGGCAGCGGCGGCUGACUCAGGCAGGGAUACGGAGGGGGCUGAGAGAAGGCCCAGUUCUGUGCUGGAGAAAAGCUCCAAAAAGCUACGGGCCAAACGAUUGAGAGGGAUGAGCAGGGAACCCCUGCAGAGAGAAGAGGAGACGGCUGAGGAUGGGAGGACAGACGCUGGUGAUGAUCUGGAGCAGAUGUUUUAUACGGACAGGUUUCCCUCCCACAGCACGCCUGUGGCAGGCAAAAAGCAGCCCUCCAAAAGAAAAGCUCCUUCACUCGAUGUUCCUGUGAUUGAGCUGCAAUCCACUGACAAAGCAGAGAGUGGGGAAGACCUACGCAGCAAACUGUCCUGCUUUACCUUCAGACCUCGAGAAAGAAUGGAGCAUGCAAAUCAGAUCGGUUGCGCUACCAGUGCUAACAAUGAAACGCUUCCCACAGUGGAUAAAGGCGAGAGAAGUAAAAGUGGCACAGAAGCAAAACAUCCUACAGAACAGAAAAAUCUAAAGAAAGUGCAGGAGAGUGAACAUUGUGAUUUUUCCAAGCAGCCAGC